CAUUGCGCGUUCAUGUGUGAGAACUCCUGUCACGUGACACCCCCGACCACUAUGCUAGCCUCGUAAAAGAACUAAGAACACAUUUGUUAUGGAAAUAGAGAUAAGUGGGAGAUUUCGACCUUAUAAAACCUAGCGAGGCUGUUUUUUAAUGGCGUCAUUCCCCGCCGAUAAAGAGCGCAGCGUCGCAUGGCGACACAUCGGCGCUGCCUCGGAGCUCUCCAGGAAGAGAUGCCGACUGAUGUACUCUCCCCUCGGCCCUCAGUCGGACGUGUGCCUCUUCUUCGCGAAAGGGGAGUUCUUCGCCAUGGACGCCCGCUGUCCACACGCCGGAGGUCCUUUAUGUGAGGGCGACAUUGAGGAAGCUGAUGGGAUCCUGCGUGUCUUCUGUCCAUGGCAUGACUACGACUUUGAACUCAGGACUGGGUUGUCAGGGACAUCACUAAAGCAACAAGUGCACGAGGUCAAACUGGAGGACGGUGACGUGUACGUGAAGCAUGCAAGCUGUCUCUCACUGCAGCCAUUUCCUGUCCAUCAGAAGACCUGAGCUUCAUCACUUUCAUCUACCUUCGUCACGCCGCCAAGUAUCUUGAUUAUCGGGACGUCAAGUCAGUAGCGAGCACAUUCAGGGUUUUUAUUAGACAUCCCCUCCACCCCCUCCCCACAAAUCUUAGCCAUCUGAACACAUUACUGAGUCCUAUCUCUCAGUUUUUUUUCAGACUUUGUACUUUGAUUGCAAAAGAACUCAGGCAGUGACCAUAUCUGAGUUGUUUUAAGGAAAUAUCAGUACCGUAUUUUUCGGACUAUAAAUCACAUUUUUUUUCAUAGUUUGGAUGGGGGUGCGACAUGUACUCUGGAGCGACUUAUGUGUGAAAUUAUUCACACAUUACCGUAAAAUAUCAAAUGAUAUUAUUUAUCUCAUUCGCGAACGAGACUAAGAAAAUGUCAGCAAUCGUCACACACACGUCAGCAAUCGUCACAUACACGUCCACCAAUAAGAAUUCUGCGGGGUAAGGUCAUGGCAGAAGUGCAUAGUGGGUCAUGGAAUGCUAACUCCUGUAUGAUAUAUGCCACUGCGUUGGCGGUAAUUUAUAAAAACUGAGAAGGGCUGAACAAAAAUGGCACCGAACAGGAAAUUAUGUACUGCAGAUUACAAGAUGGACGUAGUGAAAUAUGCAGCAGAAAACGACAAGAGGAAGCGGCGCAUACCUUUGGAGUUGGCAGAGUUGUUUAGAAGCGACAUCGAGGAAGAAGAUUUCAUCGGAUUUCUCGAUUAGGAGUGACAGAUUGUUUGGUAAACGUAUAGCAUGUUAUAUAUGUUAUAGUUAUUUGAAUGACUCUUACCAUAAUAUGUUACAUUAACGUACCAGGCACCUUCUCAGUUGGUUAUUUAUGCGUCAUAUAAGGUACACUUAUUCAGCCUGUUGUUCACUAUUAUUUAUUUAUUUUAAAUUGCCUUUCAAAUGUCUAUUCUUGGUGUUGGAUUUGAUCAAAUAAAUUUUCCCCAAAAAUGGGACUUAUACUCCCGUGCGAAGUAUAUAUGUUUUUUUCCGUCUUUAUUAUGCAUUUUCGGCCGGUGCGACGCAUACUCCGGAGCGAUUUAUAAUCCGAAAAAUACGGUAAAUUGUUUUAAUAUAAACACACCAGCUGCUCACUUUUCAGACAAAACUUGAACUCUGAAUCCAAUAUGCUGUACUUCCUCAUGUUUUUACCUCACAUUUUAAGCCUGAUUGCAUCAGUCAUGGUAUUAGCCAGAGUUAGGUAUACUCUUGAUGAAUCCAGAUUUAUCCCAGGGCAAGGUACAGUCUGUCUACUCCAAGCUAUAUACGCAUAUUUGGGGUAUAUUUUCACCUAGUUUAGACCCUCAGCGUUAGUAUUUACUGUAUUCUGGGUUAGUCUCCCAUGCAUUGCAUAUGUUCAGAGUAGGGCUGGGCGAUAUGGCCUUUUUUUAAUAUCUCAAUAUUUUUAGGCCAUAUCGCGAUACACGAUAUAUAUCUUGAUAUUUUGCCUUAGCCUUGAAUUAACACUUGAUACAUAUAAUCACAGCAGUAGGAUGAUUAUAUGUGUCUACAUUAAAACAUUCUUGUUCACACUGCAUUAAUAUAUACUCAUUUUAAACUUUCGUGCAGAGAAGGAAAUCACAACUAAGUCAAUUGACCAAGACUGUAUUUAUUAAACAGUUGUUAGCAGGGGACUUUUUAAUUGAUGCUACAUAUUAGCAGUAAUGCUACUUUUGGUAACAACGCUUGUGUCCCACACUUGACAAAUUGAAGUUGUCUAUUCGACAUAUUCCCGCUUGAAGCCGAACCACCGCCAGACGAUGGACCCCCUGCUGUUUUUCUCUGGAAUGAAUUCUUCCUUCAUUUGUUACCAGAUUCGCAUCUUCUUUUCUCUCGUAUUACCACUCGCACGGCUCCACUAGCAUCACAGCUAACAUUACCCAUGCUGCCACCUCUCUGCCCUGCGAGGGCAUAUACGUAUGUGACGUAUGACGUGACAGUAUGUGGCGUGUGUAAGAAGGUGCGCUUACACUCUGUGAGAAGGAGACACAAGGAGAAGUGUGAAGAGCCUGUAGUGUAAUGCCCGCAGCUUAAAGCAACUGUGUGAGAACGUUUAAUGGAAUAUUACGAUAUAGUAAUUUUCUAUAUCGCACAGAGACAUACCCGCGAUAUAUCGUGUAUAUCGAUAUAUCGCCCAGCCCUAGUUCAGAUACGCAAAAGUUUAGUCUAAUAUUAGACUUAGACAAACUUCAAUGAUCCACAAGGGAAAUUGCUCCACACAGUAGUUCAGUUACAAAGGAUGGAAAGGAUAAUCCACACAAACGUGUGGAUGGACUGCAAAUGUUUGUAAAAUCUUAUUUGGGAUUUUCUUGCUCCAUACAUGCCGUUUUUAGAGAUGACAUUGUAUCAAACCGCCCAAAAAUUGUAGCACAUAAGAAUCCUUCAAGUAAAUUAAAUAUCUUAGACAAACUAUUAA